AUGGAAUACGAACCAGACGCAGCUGGAAAGGAAUCCUACAUCCUCUGUGCCGAUUGUGGCACAGUCAUCUCCUCCGCCAAUGGAGCAGGACUCUGCGUGGGAUGUCUGCGCAACACCAUCGACAUUACUGAGGGUAUCCCCAAGGAGGCAGUCAUCAACUUCUGCCGUGGUUGUGAGCGCUUCCUCUCACCUCCUCAGACCUGGGUUGCCGCGCAGCCCGAGUCCCGCGAGCUCUUAGCCAUCUGCCUGAAGAAGAUUGCGCGGCCGCUGCAGAAGGUCCGCUUGAUUGACGCGUCGUUCAUCUGGACCGAGCCUCACUCGCGUCGCAUCAAGCUCAAGGUGACAAUCCAGAAGGAAGUGCUCGCCAACACGGUGCUGCAGCAGACGUUCGAGCUCACGCUCGUGGUGCACACAGGCCAGUGCCCGCAGUGCACGCGCUUGGCAGCCAAGAACACGUGGAAGGCGUCGGUGCAGGUCCGACAGAAGGUGACGCACAAGCGCACCUUCCUGUUCUUGGAGCAGCUCAUUCUCAAGCACAGCGCCCACAAGGACACGAUCAGCAUCUCGGAGAAGCGCGACGGCCUCGACUUUUACUACGCCGAGCGCAACCACGCGAUCAAGAUGUGCGAGUUCCUCGCCUCGGUCGUACCCGUGCGCGUCAAGGGUUCUGAGCAGCUCAUCUCGAACGACACGCACAGCAACACAUCCAACUACAAGUUUACGUACUCGGUCGAGAUUGUGCCCGUGUGCAAGGACGACCUCGUGUGCCUGCCCAAGUCGCUCGCCAAGCAAUGGGGCAACAUCGCUCCCCUGACGCUUUGCUCGCGCGUUGGCAACACCAUCCAUCUGAUGGACCCCACGACGCUGCAGCAGACAGAUAUUACUGCUCCAGUGUACUGGCGCCAUCCGUUCACCUCUCUCGCGCAGGUGUCGGAUCUCGUCGAGUUCAUUGUGCUGGAUAUUGAACCGGUCGGAGCGCAGCGCGGCAAGUGGGUGCUCGCAGACGCUCAGGUGACGCGCUCGCAGCGUUCGGGUGGUCACCAGUACGAUGAUGGAAUGGGCGACGACGGUAUCUACCACACCCGCACGCAUCUUGGCGCGAUCCUGCAGCCAGGUGACACCGUGUUGGGAUACGACCUGACGAACGCCAACUUCAACAACGACGAGUUCGAGGCGCUCGACAUGCACCGGAUACCGAACGUCAUCCUCGUCAAGAAGACGUACCCCAACCGCCGGAAGAAGAGCAAGCCUCGCAACUGGAAGCUCAAAUCGAUGGCCAAGGAGGCUGAGGAAGGUAUCGAGCAGAGUGGCUUCGGUCGCGGUGCCGUUGGCCGCCGCGGUGGUGUCGACUCCAAGAACGUCGAGCGCGACUAUGAGCUCUUCCUCCGCGACCUUGAGGAGGACAAGGACAUGCGCCAGGCGAUCAACAUGUACCGCGCCGAGGUGCCGGCUGAGAACGAGGAGGACGACGACGGUGACGUCGCUAUGGGCAGCGGUGCCAAGGCCGGGUCGGGCAUGCGCGGCGGAAAACGCCGUACUGGGGCCGCCACUGCGGCUGCUGCCGAGAUGGACGUCGAGGAGGACAGCAUGGGCGGCGUCGAUGGCGACGACGAGGACGAAGAGGAGGACUUCCCGGAGAUCGAGCUGGACGAGCUACUCGAGAACUUUGAGGAGCUCGACAUGGACGACGGCGAUGAGGUGCUCUAA